AUGACUCUAAAGAAAUAUGAAUCCAAUACGAAUAAUAAUAAUAAUGGAAAUGAGAAUGAUGCAACUAUAACUAAUCAAAUUGAUGAAGAGAAUGAAACACUUUUAUCAAAUAAUAAUGGUAAAACAUUAGCAGAUGAAUAUAAUAAUGAUUUAUUACCAUUUUCUAAUUUAACAUUUAUGAAAGAAUAUUUAUAUUCCAAAUAUGUAAAUUAUAAACCUACUUCAAUUGGAUAUUAUUUAGCAUUUCCAUAUUCAUCUAUUAAUACUUAUAUUGAAAGAGGUACUGGUUCAAAAAUAGAUUUAUUAUAUGGUCAACAAGUUAAUAAUUGGCCAGGUUAUAAUUUAUAUUUAAUGAAUAAAACAAGUAAUUCCUUUAUUUGGCAAAAUCCAAAUGCAUACAUUCCAUAUAAUGUUAAAUCACUUGAUUAUUGGAAUACUUCUAUUAAUUUAUUUAAUCAAUUUAAUACAAAUGAAAUAUUUGCACCUCCUUAUUUAACAUUGAUGGGUGAUAUUGCAUUAUUUUAUGCAAUUAAAGUAUAUACACCAUCAUUAUAUAGAAAUGGUAUUAAAGAAUUAAAUGGAAUU